AUUGAUAUCAUUUCUUUAUUUAGUCGAAGAUGUGAAAGUUGAAUACUGUUGUUUAAAUAAACUGAAAUAUUUCUGUUCAUUCGUAGCACUCGACCAACAAUCUGUUUUACGUUCAUUUCAUAUAAAGUUAUUAUUGUUUUAAAGUUCACGAAGCCUCUGACUGAACAUCAACAAAGUUACAGCCUGACAGGUAACAAGAGAACCAUGUGCUGAUGGAGAAAAUCCGACCACGGCUUAAAUUUGGAAAUAAAGUCGAAGAUGUGAAACUAAGGAAACGAAAAUCCCAGCUGUACGCCAAGGAAGAUGAAAGUCCUCUUAACGACGGUGAGCUGAGAACCAGAGUCAUCGUGUUUUGUGUGGCAUUCAGGCUGAUCAACUGCUUCCUGGUUCAAACCAGCUUCGUCCCUGAUGAGUACUGGCAGUCUCUGGAGGUCUCCCAUCGUAUGGUCUUCAAUUAUGGGUAUCUGACCUGGGAAUGGAAAGAAGGAAUAAGAGGCUUCACCUAUCCACUCUUCUUUGCGUUCAUAUACAAGAUAUUAUACUUCAUAAACUACGACUCAGUCUUUCUCCUGAUAUGGCUUCCAAGAAUUAUUCAAGCACUCUUUGCUGCGUUUGCAGAUGUAAGAUUCUUCUUCCUCAUGAGAACGUUGGAAAGUGGCGACGUUGCAAAAUGGACGUUCUUCUGCCACAUGUGCUCGUGGUUCUCGUGGUACUGCUGCACCAGGACUCUGACCAACAGCAUGGAGACCACCAUCACCUGUCUGGCUCUGUCUUACUUUCCAUUGCCUGGAUCCAAAACACACAGCAGAAAAAUAUAUUUGACCCUGGUCGCCUUGGCAGUCAUCGUUCGACCGACAGCCCUGAUUGUCUGGUUUCCUCUGGUGAUGUACCAUUUCUGGCUGGAAAAUAACAAACUGAGGCUCAUCACUCAUAACUUAAUUCCUAUAGGAGCUUUGGCUGUUGUGAUUUCAACAGUAAUCGACUGCAUAUUUUAUGAAAAGCUGACCAUGGUGCAGUUCAACUUCCUGAAGUUUAACGUCUUGCACAGUGUAGCAGACUUCUACGGGUCUCAUCCCUGGCACUGGUACUUCACUCAGGGGUUUGCCGUCGUGAUCGGCCCUCAUCUUCCGCUCUUCUUUCACGGAUGCAGCAUCGCCUUCAAAAGAUACAAAGUUCUGUUGGCAGCGGUCGUCUGGACAAUCGUGGUUUACAGUUUGCUUCCUCACAAGGAGUUCAGAUUCAUCUAUCCGUUGCUGCCCUUCUGUAUGAUCUUCUGUGGGAUAUCUUUGGCUAAUUUGAAAGCCUGGCGACCAACUGCUGCGUUCAUCCUGUUAGUGACCAACCUGGUUGCAGCUCUGUACACCGGCCUGAUCCACCAGAGAGGCACUCUGGACGUCAUGAGCCACAUUCAGACUCUGUGUGAUGUCAGCAGCACCUCCAGCCCUCCGCAGCCAGACGUCCUCUUCCUCAUGCCCUGCCACUCAACUCCUUACUACAGCCACGUCCACUGCCCGAUGAAGAUGAGGUUUCUUGAGUGUCCUCCAGACCUCGGAGAGGAGGGUUACGUAGAUGAAGCAGACAGCUUCUACGACGAUCCUCUUCACUGGCUCAGAACUUCAUUUCCAUACAAAUCUUCUCUACCAACCCAUCUGGUUUUGUUUGAUGUUUUGGAGAAGGAGAUCUCCGUAUUUUUGCAGGGGAAUAAGUUUGUGAGGACAGCAGAGAUAUUUCAUACACACUUUCCAGAGGGACGAGUUGGAGGAAGCAUCUUUAUUUAUGAAAGGCACUGACAAACACUGGAACAUGAUAUGGAUUUGCUACUGAAAUAAAUAUUUUAAACUAAUUGUUUUAUGUUUUGGUGACAUUAUUUCUUCCAGUCAUUUUUUGCCAGAACAUGUAAAAUAAAACAAAUAAAACCGGCCGGUCCAGUUAGAACAAGCUCGAGGUGGAAUGUUAGAAAACGGCAUCUUAACUCUGAGAGCAAAUUACAACCACUUCACACACAAACUUUGUAGCAGCAAAUUAAAAACAUGGCUAUACAGAAAACAUCCAAGAAUGUGGCAUGUUUAUAUUUUUGUUAAAACAAAAAAAUUCUCUACUCAAUCAUUUCUUGUAUUUUUAAACAUUAGUGCAGUGGUUGAAGAUGGGUUUCAUUUGUG